AUGCCGGUCGCUCUGCCGAAAGGGCAGGACCGUCCCGUCCCGUCCCGUCGAAGCCUUCCGGAUAAGGGGCGUAAAAGGGCUGUUCGCCACGAAGGCGAACCCUUUUUGACGGCCGCGCGGGCGGGAGGCGGCGCUCCGGCUGCGGCGGCCGGCCGGUCGGUCGGCGGGCGCCCUCCGGCCCUCGGGAUGGCGGCGGCGGCGGCGGGCGUGAGCUACUCGCCGCCCUGGUGGGUCAGCCUGCUGCACCGCCUGCCGCACUUCAGCCUGCGCUGGGAGGCCGCGCCCGACGAGUUCCGGCCCGAGGACGCCGAGUACCAGCAGGCCCUGCUGCUGUUGGGAGCGGUCUCUUUGAUGUGCCUCGCCCUGGAUCUCCUGUUCCUCCUUUUCUACUCCUUCUGGCUGUGUUGUCACCAUCGGAAGAGCGAAGAACAACUGAACGCAGAUUGUUGCUGUACGGCAUGGUGUGUCAUCAUUGCAACACUAGUGUGCAGUGCUGGCAUAGCUGUGGGCUUCUAUGGAAAUGGGGAGACCAGUGAUGGCAUUCAUCGGUUAACAUAUUCCCUAAGGCAUGCCAAUCGCACAGUGGCUGGUGUCCAAGACCGGGUCUACGACACCGCCAUUGCUCUAAACAAAACCGCAGAGCCCAAUUUAGGGGACCUUGAAGUAAUAUUCAGUAAGCAGACAGAUUAUCUGCGGGUGGUUCAAAAGCUCCAGAGACUCUUGGAUGACCUGGUAAAGCAAACUACAGAGAUUCCUUUCUGGAAGAACCACCAGGUUUCUUUAGAAGAGUUGGCCGUUCGUAUCGAUCUGUAUGACUGGUACAGGUGGUUGGGAUACCUGGGCCUGCUCAUGUUCCAUGUCCUGAUAUGUCUGCUGGUGCUAUUUGGACUAAUUAGAAACUCAAAGGCUAUUCUUAUUGGAGUGUGUCUCCUCGGGGUGCUUGCCCUUAUUGUGAGCUGGGGGUCCCUGGGCCUUGAGCUGGCCGUGGCUGUGGGUUCCAGUGACUUCUGCAUUAACCCCGAUGCCUAUGUGUCCAGAACGGUGGAGGCCUACGCAGUGCUCAAUGCGGGUACUUUGAACUAUUACCUUGUCUGUGGUGCUGGGUACCCCAAUCCAUUUCAGCAGAAGCUGUCGGGGAGCCACAAAGCUCUGGUAGAAAUGCAGGAUGACGUUCUGGAGCUCAUGAAGUUGGCUGUCAAGGAAUACCCCACCUCUAAGGAGCACCUGAAUCGAAUCCAAGAAGUGCUGAAUGCCACAGAAGUCAAUCUGCAGCAUUUGACUGCCUUGGUAGACUGCCGAAGUCUGCAUUUGGAUUAUAUCCAAGCUCUGACUGGCUUCUGCUACGAUGGUGUGGAAGGACUUAUCUAUCUGGUUCUCUUCUCCUUCGUCACGGCCCUGAUGUUCAGUUCUAUAGUGUGUAGUGUCCCACACACUUGGCAGCAAAAGAGGAGCUCCGAAGACGACGGAGAGGAAGAAUCCACUGCCCCCGGGAACCGGCAAACGCACGACAACUUGUACCGAGUGCACAUGCCCAGUCUUUACAGCUGUGGGAGCAGCUAUGGCAGCGAGACCAGCAUCCCAGCAGCUGCGCACACCGUCAGCAAUGCUCCCGUCACAGAGUACAUGAGCCAGAAUGCAAAUUUCCAGAAUCCUCGCUGUGAGAACACCCCUCUGAUCGGCCGGGAAUCUCCACCUCCUUCUUACACAUCCAGCAUGAGAGCCAAAUACCUCGCCACCAACCAGCCUCGGCCGGAUUCGGACAGCGUGCACUGAAAACUAACGGAAGUGAGAAAUGGAUCAAACGGGCCAGUGUUGCCAGCCUGUGUUGUCUUCGCAGAUCCAUCCUGCUUUUCUCCCCCAGUCCAGGAUCCAGCUCAGUUGCAUUUCCUGCUGCUUCUUUCCCAGCUUGACCUGGCCCGGAAUGUCCACUUGAAAAAACCUCAGUAGAAGCCUGUUGCAGAUCAAGGCCCCGUUUCCUUGCACCUCCCUCUCCACGGAGAGGGAAAGAAAUCCACGUGCUCAUGCGCACACGCUGAAGACCCAGUAUUCCUAUGUGUCCCUCUGCUGUGUGCGGAUCGGCUUUCGAUGGCCGGAAAUUGCAAAGUUGGUCAUCUCCUCCCCAAGGCUUCUCUCUAAUCCAUCAAAAAGGGUCUGAUGAGUCAGAUGAAUUAAAACUGGAUCAUGGUGUAGCAGUGCGGUAGCUGUGGCCCGCUGAAAUGACAAGAGCCAUCUUUAAUGCGCACACCACCACGAAGCUCAAAUGUGUCCCAGCCUUGCCUGCAGAUCUCUCCUCUCUGAGAUGCUCUAGAGUCAUCCUCUUUUCUUCUGCCAGCAGUAGAGGAUCUCCAACUUGGGAUCUUGGCAGGUCCUUGGUUCCUUCUGUGUGGUCUGCUAAUUUAACCCUUUGCAGUUCUUGGAUACCUCUACUACAGGUUUACUUCUCCCUUUUACUAUCUGGACUUACAGUCCAGGAGAGAAGUAGGGGCUUCCUGCACCAGCUUGUGUGUGGUUGGAUGCAUGUGCUUGCAUGCAUACACACCCACACCCUGAUAUGAACACACACUGGUUGUGCCGUACCUGCCUUCCUACUUGUUUCUGUAUUUCCUAAUUGCUCUCAGCAGACAUCUUCUGAGACUGAGAUGAAGUCAUAAAACUGGAAAUACCACCCUUUUGGUGCCAAAAUAUUCCAGGAAAAGAUUUAAGGAGCAUUGCGGGGAGGGCUGGGAGAUGUCUAGUUUUGGGGAAGGAAUUCAGCAGGCAAAGGAACUGUCAGCAGAACUGAGCUUCUUCACAAGGUGUCCUCAUACGUUAGGCUUCUCAAUGCUUUUCAUUCCAGCUGCUUUUGAGAGUUAGGACAGACGAGUCCCUGGAAGUAUUGAUGUUGGAUGCAGAAGGGACGAUUCUAUCCUUGAGUCAGAAAGCAAAGACGAAAUAUCGUUACAUCAAGACAGUUUCGGGGUACAGGAGUGGAAGGUGUCUCCUGCUCGCCUCUUGCCUUACUUUCAGCAAACCACCGGUGCCCCAGUUGCUUCUUAACUUGUUGAUACACAGCAAAAGCCAGCAGCAGGCUGGGGAGAAAAAAUUGCUGUAGCUUCCUACCAGCGUCCCUGCUUUUUGAGAACCAUUAGGAUGUUGAAUAGCUACAUCCUAUUCCUGUCUAUCUCUUGGGCAUUCUCACUCUAAAGCACAAAGAUUUCCUUCUGAAGUUUUGCAUGUUGGAGCGGGAGCUUUGCCUGCUUUCUCCUUUAAAAUUAGUUCCUUUUUCUGGGGGCGGUGGGAUUGAGAGGCUCUGGGGAGGUGCCCCCCACCCCCCAACCCAGUUGCUUGCUUGCUUCAAAUAUCUAGGAUAUUAGAAGGCUCUGAAAUCCUUAGAUGCAGUUUGCAACAGAAUGGGAAGAUACAAAACCGCUGUUAGGUAUUUCUUGAGCAUCAGGGUCAAUAAACCAUGGUUUAUGUGUGUGCAGGUAGCCUAAUCAGCUUUGCAAUAUACCUCUAGAUCCCAGGAAUCUCAGCACCCAGUAGUGCUAGGAGAGGGACCUUACCUGUUCCCAACUGUGCAGGUAUUGAUACAAAAGCUACACAUUCAAAAUACGCUCCUUCGUAGUCCACCUUUUGAAGCAUGCCCUUAAAAGGAAAAUUCAGCUGCCUGAAUCAUGUACAGAUGACCCCAGAUCUUCAGAAGAAGGUUCUUGGUAGUUUGCUUUGCAAAAGCCGGGAAGACGAGCCUUCCUCCUCUUGUCUUUUCCAGGCAGAAGAAAACUUGGGUGUGACGAUCGGAAGGAAGGGACCAGCAAUGUAGGUCGUUAAUGACCACUACAGAAAUUGACUUCCUCCUGAGAAGUAGCCACUACGUUGACUGUGAAGAAGCUUCAGCUUGGUGUACCCUCAAGGAGUCCUAACGGAAGAUGUCCUCAGUGUUUUCCCAUGGGCAGAAGACAACCUUGUGGAGAAGACCAAGCUGUCAGAUCAGAGUUUGGUGUGUGAAUUGUCUCCAGGGGCUGUGAACUUGGCCUGACCUUUCAGCUAACAGAGUCACAGAAUUACCUCCUUUGUAACACCGAACUUUGGUGCGCUUCCAUUAAUGGGGGCAAGAGUCAACUGGGUGUGUGCCUGUUACACAAGUGUGUAUAUAUGGAUUGCUGGGGAUGCCAAUAGCACGUGCAGAUCUUGGGCAUGCCUAAAUGGUUCUGUGUCAGAAAAUGUGUGUGUGCGUGGCCACUUGUAUGCCCUCAAGGAGAAGCAGGGGCCGCUUUCUCAUCUUCUCCCUCGUGCCAAGCAUCUGUGGCAACUGUUUGACUGCUAAGGGCUUCCCACCCCUGCCCUCUCCCCCAAGCCAGCUCGUCCCAAGAUUGAUCCCCCAAUUAUUGGCUGGCGGUGUGUGGACUUUUUGCUGGCUCGGUGUCUUCAACAGGGCUUCUGCACCAGCCUCUUUGGUAUGGCAGGCGAACCCUGCAGAGGGUUGUGUUUUCCUGUCCUUUUACUUUGUCUCUGCUUUUUCAAGUAAAGUGUUGAGCGCUCAGGAUGGCCUGGCUGAGUUCCUCGGCCUCUUGGCGGUCACAGCAGAGCCAUAGCCGCGGCUUUUGGCCUGGGAGGACAGUUCUGAAAUUCGAGAGGAGUGAGUGGCUAGCCACUUGGCAAGAAUGUGGAGGAGGGGGCAAGACGUUGGAAUGGGAAACGGGAGCCGCUGAAACUCCUCCUCCUUCCCUCCCAAGGGAUGGUAGCCAUUUGCAGUGGAGUUGGUGUUUCCCAUGACGACGUCACGGCGCUUUCUUAAAAACAGACGAAAAGGACACGUGGACCACAGACCCUUCUCAAGCACACCAAGCAUCUCCACAAUGUGAAAUGUAUAUAGCAUGAUGGACUCCUUGCGUCCAGUGUUGAAGACUGCGUUGUAAUUGUUAAAAAGAGAAAAAAAAAUCGAAUCAAGACUUAGCUGUGACUUUAUUUUUGUGUGUGCUGUCAAAAGUGUAGUGUUUUGUAUCCUGUCUGUAAUAUUAGCUCAGUUCAUUUUGGAUUUUCUUUUGCUUCUUAAGAAAAGGAAAGGUUUAAGGUGAAAACUUGGUAAUCAUCCGUGUAUCCAAACUUGAGGAUUUAGAGCAGCAUUUUUCAGCCUUAGCAACUUGAAGAUGUGUGGAGUUCAAUUCCCAGAAUUCCCCAGCCAGCCUGGCUGGCUGGGGAAUUCUGGGAGUUGAAGUCCACACAUCUUAAAGCGGCCAAGGUUGAGAUACACUGAUUUAGAUCCUUCUCAACUGUCUUCAGUUUUUUUUUUAGCAAAUCUGAUGGGCAUCUUUUAAUUAAAUACCUCAGGUAUGGCCAGUUUAUCUGGAAGGGACAUGAAUGAGCAGCUUGAACCUGGCCUAUUUUGGAACAAUCUCACUGAGGGCAAAUUUCUGGAGCAUCGGAGAAACCUGGGCAUGUGUGCAUUAAAUUCAGUUGCUGCUCAGACCCAGCACACUUGCCGUGUACACCUGUUGUGUUGGCCAAUCUCUGACCCACCAAGGACUCAUGACCCUUCUUUCCCCCAAACCUGUGUUGGUGCUUUCUUAGAUCUGCUAGGCAGGUAGUUGUGAAUAACAGUUGGUGUUUCCCUUACGGUGCUCAGUGCAUUUGGGAAGUGCAAGACUUGCUUGUGAUCUCUGUGUUGUCACACAGUGCAGCUUGAACAGAGGAAGGGCAGAAGAUCGUGGGCGUGAUCAGCGUCUGGUAGCAAGCAAGGCCAAGAGAGGAUUGAGUGGUGGCGUGGGUCCACAGUACGGUUUUGGCCGUUGAUGGAGGCCACGGAGGCAGAAAGAACGUGGCCUUUGGGCACUUCUGCUUCGACACUUGCUUGGCCUGCCGUGCGCAUUUCUUCUUUGAAAGAUUGAGACCCAGGGCUUGGUGCAUCAGGCGAUGUCAGAUGUGUCCUGCGGUGAAGGAUUCAUGCAUUGCUGGAUCGUAUCUGUUUACGCGAUGCUGCCAUUCAGUGUGUGCCAAAAAAAGUCUUUUAAAAGCCAUAGAGAUGAAACCAGGGUGGAGUCGUGCAGCGUUGUCCCCACCUCACCCUUUCUGAGCCCUUGUUUAAGAGAAGGUGCUCUGUCAGCUGCCUCUCCCAUCAAUCUGGCACCCUCCUCCAGAUGAAUGGUGGGUGGCAGCUUUGGAACGUCAGGCAAGGAGAUCCAGUUGAGGCUGCUAUGAUGAGUGACAAUAGAGGAACUUGGAUUCCAGCUUCCUGCACCUUGCAAGCCUUUGUCUUUGAGAGUCCUAGAAUGUUCUGGCUUGAGUUGGAGCACAUUGGGUUAAAAAAGCCUUUUCUUCAGCAAAAAUUGAGCCUUCCGCCUUCGGUGUCUGUUCUUCAUCCUGUAAUUGUUGGCUAAGUAGGUAGGCAAGGAUUUUUUUAAAAAAACAUCUAGGCCUGUGCUCAUUUUUUAGGCAAGUUUCUUAGAGAGUGGCUCUUCAGACCACACGUGACCAGCAACGUUGUGUUCUCGGGCCUGAAAGAGUUUAGAGAGUCCUGGAGCAGAUCUCUGGAUCCUAGGUGUGGUGGGCAUGUCAUUGUGAUGCAUGGCUAGGGUUGAAAUGCUUGGAGCACUGAUAGCUGGAACCAGCUCCUCCCUAUGAGAAGGCAGGUUGUUGACCAGGUCCUCUGGUUCAUAAGUGGCCAAUAGCUCAGUGGAAGGGCAUGUGCAUUGCAGGCAAGAGGCCCAGUCCUCGCCAUUUCUAAAUGGAGCAGACAACUCUAACCACUUGCCAGCCAUUGUUAGAGUACUGAGUUAAGAGGACCAGUGUUUUGGCCCAGUCUCAGACAGAUGCUCCUGCUUGUAGCUAAGGAGUUCUCUUUGGGAGAGGUGGCUCCCUGUGCCGUGAGGAGAGGAGCUGGGAAAUUGAUGGGACCCUCCCUCUGCUCCCAGAUAUAUGCAUGUGGUGGUGGAAGAUCAUUCCAUCCUUGUUAGUCCUCAGAUGUCCCCUGUAAACAAUCUCCCCAUCUCAGAAGUUUCUAAGAGGAAAAACACUGCACAUCUUGGACCAAACAGACAUAGAUACAAACACUCUCAGAGACCAAUCUUAGAACCUGUUUUAGCUCAGCUGUAACUUGGACAGCUGUAAGCAGUGCUGAAUAUUUUCUUCACUUUUCACAACACAACGACAACAGCCACCAGCAGCUGCUGGACUAGUGUCAGGCUAGUUCUUGGUGCUUUGGGUGUUCAACAACUACACUUUUCUCUCUAUGCAAUGUAGGUUUUCCUCCUUUCUUCACUCCACCCUCUGACACCCAGAUCUGUUUCUCAGGCCUCCCCAGUUGGCCAUCUUCUAGUUUUGUUGGACUUUCGUCAUCCUGAAUCAGCUCUGCCUUUUGGGGAGGUUGGGUGGGGAUUCUGGGGGUUGCAAUCCCACAGAGCUGGGGGGGCCAAAUGUGGGGAAGCCUGCUUUCCUUUCUCAAGGCUCUGAUUUCCAGGAACAUUGAAGUCAUUGCUGAGAACCUUCUCCAACCAAUCUUUGCAUUGAGGUCUCCGUUGGCGGGGUUGAGCUGGCUGAGCUUGGUGCUGUGGUCCAUUGGCGACCAGCAAUUCUGUCAUCCUAUCCUAGUUCAUUAGAGUAAACCUGGGAAAUGUUUGUGAAUUUAAUUCUGUGGAUCUCCCCUUUUUUGAGACGUGCAGAGAAUUCUAUCAGUAAAACUCUACUAGCUUUUUCAAUCUGGUUUUGCUUUAAACCACAAUGGUUAUAUAGCAUUCUACUUUUAUGUAUACAUAUAUAAUAUAUGUAUAUUAAAUAUAUAUAUAUAUAAUUUUUUAAAGCCUUUAGACAUGACUAGCUUCUUUCAAAGUUCUCCACUUAAACCCCAAACGUUUUGAAAUUUCAGUGGGGUUUAAACUGAGGGGUGAGCCUGAUUAUUAUUAUUAUUAUUAAAUCUUUUCUUUUACUUUGGUUGAUUUAUUACAUUGUACUGUAGCUAUUUUUUACUGGUUUGUGUUCUUUUUGUUCUGCGGAUAUUAAACCGAAACGAUUCUAAAUGUAAUUCCUGUGGUUUCUAUUCAGCUUGGGUUUAAUGUUUUAAAAUAAACAACUUUGAAAAGGCA